AUAUUGAUAAAGGCCAAAACAGAUGUAAAUACUAUGCCAAUACCGUUAGCUAAAUAGGACUACUGGACUGUUUAAAGGCCAAUCCUCAGACAUUGGCAAUAGGUCACUGAAAUUUUGCGUAAACGCGUAAAACGGUUGUUUAAAUUGUCGAAAUCUUUAAAUAAGUGUUUAACAAACUCAAACAUUAGCUCACAGUGCUGCGUGGCGUCAAAUGCUUGUGGGAUGGGUCAGUCGAGACUUCGUUGUAAAUAAACAAGUCGUAUAAUUUAACAGUGCGUAAGAUCGACGCCAUUUGUGCACAUCCCGCUGCUGCACGCAUUUCUUGUGUGGGUCGCUUGCAGAACUCCUUAAGGAUUAGCAAUGGAAGCUAAGUUAAAGAAGGAGUUGGGGACAUCCAUGUUAAAAUCUGCAGGACAAGCUUCUGGUGGAUGCAUCAGCGAGGGUCAGAGUUUUGAUACUGAUACUGGAAAAGUGUUUGUAAAGAUAAACCAUAAGAGCCAGGCUAAAUUAAUGUUUGAUGGGGAAAUGGCGAGUUUGGACGCCAUAUUAAAAACACAAACUAUCAGAGUGCCCAAACCUGUGAAGGUGUUUGAGUUGGACACUGGAGGGUGUGUGUUUGUUAUGGAGCAUUUGGACAUGCGUGGUCUAAACAAAUAUUCAAAGAGACUUGGCGAGCAGUUGGCAGAUCUUCAUCUUCACAACAAGAAACAGCUGGAGAAAGUGCGCAAAGAGCAGCAGACAGUUGGAAAAGGAGCUGGUCAGCCUGAGGGGGCUUAUGUGGACAAAUUUGGGUUCCCUACCACCACAUGCUGUGGAUACUUACCACAGGAAAAUGAAUGGCAGGAUGACUGGGUGACAUUUUUCACACAACAGAGGCUUCAGCUUCAGUUAAACCUGUUGGAGGAAUCUCAUGGAGAUAGAGAAGCCAGAGAGCUUUGGGCACGGCUUCAGUUGAAGCUCCCCCAGUUUUUCAAAGAGGCGGAGCUUGUCCCCGCCCUUCUCCAUGGAGACUUAUGGGGAGGCAACGUGGCAGAAUCCGGUGAAGGACCGAUAACAUUUGACCCUGCUUCCUUCUACGGCCAUUCAGAGUUUGAGUUGGGACUCACUGGGAUGUUUGGAGGGUUUAACAGCUCGUUUUACUCUGCAUACCAUGAUAAAAUUCCGAAGGCACCUGGCUUUGCAAAGAGAAACCAGCUUUACCAACUUUUUCACUACCUGAACCACUGGAACCACUUUGGCGGAGGCUACAGAGGCUCAUCAAUAAGUGUGAUGAAGGACCUACUGAAAUAACUGCAGUCAUACUCCUGUCGUGACAGUCUUAAUAAACAUAAGCCAGGCUUAAGAUACAAGAUACAUGCAUGUAUAAUGCUCUGUAAUUACUCUUGCUUUAAAUUGCACGAAAUUCCAACAGUGAAAAAAUAACUAAGUCUGUACAGUUUGCUUUAAUAAUAAUGAUGCUCAGUUUUGCUUAUUCAUUAUCAUGGUUGUGUUGCGAGUCUGUCUACAUGUCUGUGAGACAAAAAUGUAUCUAAUUUAAUAUAAUAGAACUCAAAAUGUGUUUUUUGGGGAAAAAGAUGAAAAUGUAAAAAUAAAUGUUCAGAAUUUGCAGUCGUACAAACCGUAAACAAAGAAGACGUGUAAUAACACAGAAAUGAAAGACAGCCACUGUUCACCAUUGAAAUUCAACAAUGCAAAUGAACAAUCUGAAACAACAAACAUGAGCACACAAAAUA